AUGGCAUCUUUGAUAAGAGUUCACAAAAUGGCAACGCUCCUCACCCUCCCCCGCGAAAUCAUCCACCGCGUCUUCUACUCUGCACCACAAGCAUCGCGCAAGCAGCUCCGCCUCGCUAGCAGCCUCACCGGAGAGAUUGGACGGAAAUGGGUCUUUGAAUCGGCGCAGAUUGCGCCACUUAAGAGCAGCUGCGAAAGGUUCCGGAGUAUCCUUGAUAAUCCCGAACUUGCGGGGUGUGUCACCAAGGUUUACAUCGAUACUGUGAGACCAACGGAUGACCGUCGCAUCCGGGACAAGAAGCCCGAGGAUGAAUUCGACGACGAAGCUUUGAAUGACGUGGAGGACGAGGACAAUCUCCCACGCCCCUUCUGGAAUCUCGUUAACCGCCUGCACGAAUUCCCGCGUCUGCAGAGCGUCGUCCUGCGCUUCCAUGCCGGCUGCGACGGUGAAGAAAACACCUGGAACUGGGUCACGCAGACGAUCGACUUUCGCCACUCGGUGCUGCGCAAGGUCUUUGCUGUGCUCGCGAACCUACCUCGACUGCCAGCGGAACUAGCGAUCCAGGAUCUACAGAAUAUCAAUCCGACGGAUGCAGGUACCAGGCGGGACAUUAAGAAGGUUCUGGGAGGGCUUAAAUCGCUGCGGUUGCAUAUUGCGAAUGAGCGUGAUGAGGGGAAUGGGGAGCAUGAUAUCGAGACUCCAUAG